CAGAGUUAAUUUACAUCUCCAGCAGUGAAUGUCUCAUUAUGGGCUGUUGCUGUAGCAUCCCCCAUCUAGCUUGUUUCAGGCACCACACUGGACACCAAGCCAUUACAUUUAAUGUCUCUAAUCACAACCUAUUACUCUAUUACAUGUCCAGGCAGUGUUCUUUAGUCUCUAUUGAUCUAAUGAGGCUCAAGACCAACUUUUACUGCCAUGUCCACUUCGUGUGAUACACUGAUAUGUUGCUGUCUCGUGUCUAUGGCAAUAUUACAAUAUUUAAUCCUGCAAUUUCAUUUGUUUAUUAUGAGGCCGGCUUCUGUUAGACUAAAUACUGAUGCUUAACUGCUGGAUGAAAGUGUCAAGAAUAUGUUGGCCAUGUUUAUUCAGAAAAAAAUGGUAUGGCUGACGGGCAGUGCCAUCCAAUCAGCUGUGUAAGUGAUAAUUAGCGUGUGGACAGGUGAGAUUAUCAGAACGCGUUCACGUCCAAACCACUUCUUUGAAACUUGGAGCACGAAUUCGUCUUUUAGCUGCUCUCCAUUCCUCUUCUACCAACACGGUGCGGAUAUCCUGUUACAGUUCGAGUCGACCUGGAGCCAGCAGUCUGCCGGGGGUUAAGGACCGACCCCCGUCUCCCUCCCCCUAAGCCUGACCAGUCGUGUAGCCCGAUCUACGCCCGAGUUCAUCAGCAUGACAAAGCACUGGGGGGGUCAGGGCUUGCUGGCACCACUCGCAAUUCCCUACCUGCCAUCAUCUGGAUUGGGAGGCCAUCACGACCAUCAACUUGACUUCGCCUCUGUUGAAAGGAGUGGUCACAACCAUGUCUCUCGGAGUCAUCCACGGAGCAACGUAGCGCGGGGCUCUUCAUUCCUAGACUGGCGAAGAAACCUCAACUAUUCAACGGUGCUGAAGCUAGGAGCUCUUGCAGAAAAACCUGCGCCAGCUCCGUUCACCAGGGCCGCUGCGCCCAUGGAUACAGGUAUAUUAAAUGACCCUGCAUCAGGAUACUACGCAGAGGCCACGCAGGUCAAAAUGGAACCACCGACCAAGCAACAACCCCAGGUUGGUCUGACCAACUCGUGGGAACAUGAUGGAAAUUCUAAUGGAGGCAAGAAGAAGAAUUAUCAACGGUACCCAAAGCCACCGUAUUCAUAUCUCGCCAUGAUCGCAAUGGUUAUUCAGAAUUCUCCAGAGAAAAGGUUGACGCUGUCAGAGAUCCUGAAGGAGAUCAGCACACUAUUUCCAUUCUUCAAAGGGAAUUACAAAGGCUGGAGGGACUCUGUCCGACACAACCUCUCCUCAUAUGACUGCUUUGUUAAGGUACUGAAGGAUCCUGGAAAGCCCCAAGGGAAGGGGAACUUCUGGACAGUGGAGGUGAGCCGAGUGCCCCUCGAGCUCCUGAAGCGUCAAAACACAGCAGUGUCGCGCCAGGAUGAGACCAUCUUUGCCCAGGACCUCGCCCCUUACAUCCUCCAUGGGCACCCCCACAACAAAAAAUCCGAUGCCGAGCAGCCCACCCCUCCCCUGCCCCCAGCUCCCAGCAGGCACAGUUCCCCUCCCACGGAGGACCCGUACCGUCCCAAAUUGGACUCGUCCUUCGCCAUCGACUCCCUCCUGCACAGGUUCCGUCCCCCCAGCACAGGAGGGGGGGGGCUCCGCGGCAGAGAGGUCUUGGGGGUUGAGCCGCCCCACCCUUCCUCCGCACACCCCGCCUCCCCGCCAUGUCUGCGCUACUCCUCCUCCAAUCGCAGUGCCUCAGCCAGCUCCGCUAGCCCCGCCUCUUCCUCUUCAGACGAUGACUGGAGGGGCGCCCCCCGCGUAAGGAAGAGGGCCAAUGAGAGCGAGGCAGGCUCCGAUGGGUACUAUGACUCCUGCCCGCCCAACAAGUCUCUCAGACGAGGCAACGUGCAUCCCUGGGAGCUGCCCACCUCCUAUGCCAAGUACACGCCUCCUAACGCUGUGGCCCCACCCAGCAUGCGCUUUAACGGCGGGCCCUUUGUGCCUUUGGGAGGACUGCCCUUCUAUGGGUAUGGGGGGCCACCGGUCCCAUCAGGUCAUUUUGUCAGCCACAGUUACUGGCCCAUCAUGCCCGGUGGGCAUGUGUCGCUCCAAGCUCCACCUCUGAUUAUGGAUUUGGAUAGCAUGCUGCAGUCAGUGCCACCCAACAAAAGCGUGUUUGAUGUUCUUGGCCCAGGCAAUCAGACGCAACAUCCUCCAGCGAACCAAUACGCCCUACAAAAUGGUCCCCCUCUUACACGAUAUCCUCAGUAUUAAGACUUGAAAGUCCCCAUUCCACCCCUCCAAGAAAAAACACUUGCUCCCCUAUCUCCCAACAGUCUAUCAGUAGUCUGUUAAGACACAUUCUCAGGUUUCAGGCUUCAGGGAAUGUAUUUAAAAUUCCAAACUCCCAGUGACGACUACCUCAGUAUCCAUGUGCCAAUGCGAUCAAUAUUAACCUAUUAUUGACCAAAGACUUUGCACUGCUAGUGUUUGCACUAUUUUAUCCUUUUUGUUUCAUAUCAGUGUUUUUAUGAAAUGUUUUGUAAAUGUUACCAACGUUAAAUAUUGUUGAACCUUUCCAGAUAUUGUUCACCGUCGUAUUUUUUAACUAUGCUUGUAGGUGGCUACUGUGUAUGGCCCACAAUAUGUAUUUUAAUCGAUUCAUUUGAAACAGGGUUUGAAAUGAAAUCGAAUUACAAGAGUGUUUCCCAGGGUUUACCCUGUUUUGCUGUAACAGACAUGGUCGCUGACCCUUAAACUGUGUGUGUGUU